CUCCUUUGGAAAGGUUUACAUUUUGCCUCCAUCUGAUUAUGAAUCCUAUAUGCAAUAUCGACAUAGACAGUAUGGAAUGCCAGAAAUGGAUGAUUGAUGUAUAUAAUAGAUGUCGCCAGCUCUUUAACCUUGAGCCGGUGGAUCCAUUUAAGGCGUGGUGGCAUGAUGAUACGCCGUCAGUGUACAAAUCCGAUGUCCAAACCAUGACUGCAUACGAUUGUCAUAAACUGAAACGAGAUCUCGGGCGUGAAGUAGCAGAGGUGAUUCCCAGGCCACACUUGACCAUGGAAAACCGCCCUCUAGGAGACAUAGUUUCUCUUUUGUGGUUCCUAGUACUGGUCUUAAUAGUUGUUAUCAUUAUCAUUAUCAUGUGCGGGUGUUGUCAAUGUGGUAAAGACUCUGAAGAGUUCGCAAAGGAACCAGAGAACCCACCAGAAGAAGGAAAGUCACCAACACCAAUCGAAGAGAAAAAGAAACAAAAGAAAAAGCACACCGUCAAGGGUUGGAUGCGUCAUAGAUGUCGUCCCAUAUUUGUUCACAGUGAAUCAGCAUUGGAGCGACAGAGAUCUAAGCGGCAGCAGGAAGAUCGCGCUCAUGCGGCGCAUACCCAAAAAAAGAUAAAGAAAUGGACAGUGGAGCGACAGCACGCUGCUGAGGAAGCUAAACAACAAGAAAUAUCGAGAGAAGAAGGGGAAAACAAAGUUUAAAUCAGCCAACAAAAAAGAAUUGAUAAACAAUGUUUCCGGAAGAAAAUUGAAUAUAUAAAAUUUCAUCAAUCCUCGAAAGAAUAGGAUCAUCUUCAUGUGGCCAAAGUGUCAAACGACCACAAAAAAGUAAAACAUCGUUACGGUUUUGUUUUUUGGAUUGUUUUAAACAAUUUUGUUGGAUAUCAUUCUUGGUGGGUUGAAAUUUCGCUUGUUUAUCCCACAUAUGUAGAUCGGAGACAGCUUGUUGAUGUUCAUCCUUAUCACAAUACACCUGAAGUGCAGAUGGCACUCACAGGGAUAGAUUGAUAAGAAGCCGGUGCUCACUCGCCAGACAUCUGUGACCUGUCUAAAAAAAAGAAUUAGCCAAACGAGAGAUAAUGUCAGAACAAAUGAUAAUUAUAGUAUUCAAUUUGUAUUACCACUUUAAAAAUUGACCUGAGCUGUUGUUGCUUAGACUUUAGCUAACAGAUUUUAUUCAUCGGGACAGUUUUCAUUAUAAAUAUUAAUCUUUAUUUGUUUUAUUGAAUCACAAUGAAUAUUGCUCUCUUAGAGUUAAUUUGUUAUCAAAAUUUGUUCUUUAGCACUC